AUGCUUCACUACCUGCUCUCUGGAGAUGAUCGAUUGAUGAGGCAAGCCAUUUCCAACUUUGCAGCGUCAGUGAUAUUUGAAGGUCUUCCGCAAUCCCGAUUUCCAUCCCACGUCCCACAGAUCGUUGCUGGAUUUUCGCUGCUGUGGAUUCUUCAAGUUUGCGACCACCACUUGUACUUUGGUGAUUCUCAAUUUGCGCGUUCAUUUCUGCCGCGAAUCGACGACGUAUUGCACUUUUUCGACUCCCACAUAGACGAAUUUGGCUUGGUCAGCGGCUUGCCUGAAGAUGUCUUGCAUAUGCUGUAUGCCUACGUCCUGAAUGCAGCCGCCAAACUCGUAUGUGACGUCGGCCGCCCUGGUUACGCAGACGAGUACAAGCCUCGUACCGCAGCAGUUGUCGCCGCAGUACGACAACAUUGCUUCGACGGUUCCUCUUUCACAGAUUCUACCCCCGAUAUCGCAGACGAUAUGGCCUUUUCUCUUGUCAAGCAUUUGCUGCUCUGUGCGGAGCAGCUAGGGUGGAAGAUGCCACCCGACGUCUUGGCAGCCUUUGCCGAUGCCAGAUUCUCCAAAUGCUCCUACAUGGUGCAAUUUUAUGUUCUUCUAGCCUUUACCAUUGCAGGCUAUAUGGCAUACGAAGAGUACUGCAGUCGUGUUUGGAACCCGUGGCACUAG